AUGGUUGUCGCCCCAAGAGGGCUCACUAGUGAGCUCAACGCACUCGCUAAUGCUACCGUAUCAGAACUAUCACCGUAUGCCCAUGGACUGUCGGGCGUGGAUCAGACCGCAAACUACCUUUUCGCUGCAGUCCUUUGCAUUUCUCUUGGUGGACUCUGUGUGUUGACAUUGUUGUUCCGAUGGGCCACCAUGGGAAAUGCGCAUAUUCGACACCUCCUCACCAUGAGUAAUCCGGAUAGACAAGUUUACUGGGCUCAGAACCAUACCUCGAUUUGGCCAAAGAUCAAGAAACAUCUACUGUAUGCUCCACUGGGCCGCAACCGCCACAACAAAGAGAUUCAGCUUUCCUCGGCAAUCAGCAUUGGAACCCUUCCGUCGCGCUUCCACACCUUGCUACUCACUGUCUACCUCUUCUCCAAUAUCGCCUACUGUCUAGUUUUGCAUUGGGGUACAGAAAGUCGUGCUGCCGUUAUUGCCGAACUUCGUGGUCGCAGCGGCGAGCUCGCCGCACUUAACAUCAUCCCUACCAUGCUCUUCGCUAUGCGCAACAACCCUCUCAUUCCUCUGCUCAGAGUUUCCUACGACACGUUCAAUCUGCUUCAUAGAUGGUGUGCCAGAGUUUGCGCUAUCGAGGCCAUCGUCCACACCAUCUGCUACUUGGUCAACGUAGCCGACUCUGUUGGCCUCGAUGGACUCAAAGACAAUCUGACCGUCCCAAGUUAUGCAUGGGGUAUGGUUGGAACUUGCGCCUUCACCGCAAUUAUGAUUCAAGCAUUUUCACCCCUGCGCCAUGCCUUCUACGAAACAUUCCUGAAUCUCCACCGCUUUCUGGUCAUGGUUAGUCUGAUUGGUGUCUAUGUGCAUCUUGACAAGCACCACCUUCCGCAAACACCUUACAUCAAGUUCGUCAUCAUUCUGUGGGGACUUGAAUGGCUCUCGCGCUUUGUGCGUAUGGCCUAUUUCAACUUCAGUCUAAAGUCCGGAAUGUCGAGAGCCCACAUUGAAGCGCUCCCUGGCGAGGCUUGCCGUGUCACCUUUGAGCUUGCCCGGUCGUGGAACUACGUUCCUGGCUCGCAUGUUCAUGUCUACUUUCCUACCGUUGGUCUGUGGUCAUCCCACCCCUUCUCUGUCGCUUGGGCAGAAACAAAACCUAGGAGCGCACCUCUCGAGAUUGAGAUGGAAAAAUUGCCAUCCUGGAACAUGCCCAAACACCAAUCCGUCGUUUCACACUACAAGACGCAGAUAGCCGACAGCGAUGGUCCAGAAGUCACGCACGUGAGUCUCAUCAUUCGCGCCAGAUCAGGAAUGACACGCCAGCUGUACGAAAGGGCAUGUGCGUCGUCAAACGGAAUGAUCACAUUACCCGGUGUUAUGGAAGGACCAUACGGUGGCCACGAGAAGCUGGCAUCCUACGGCACCGCAGUCUUGUUUGCUGGUGGUGUUGGCAUAACGCACUGUGUGGGUUAUGUGCACCGCCUUUUGACACAAUAUUCACAAGGGACGUGCUCGACACGUCGUAUUCUCCUCGUUUGGUCGGUGCCCACAACCGAAGCGCUCGAAUGGGCACGGCCAUGGAUGGAUCAGAUUCUCAAGAUGGAGGGUCGCAAGGAAGUGCUUCGCGUGCAGCUCUUUGUCACUAAGCCUCGAAACCAGAAUGAAGUCAACAGCCGAACAGGGACAGUACAAAUGUUCCCCGGACGCUGCAAUCCGUCGACAGUAUUGGAGAAGGAGGUGGCGGAGCAAGUUGGAGCAAUGGGAGUUGUGGUCUGCGGGCCUGGCGCAUUCGCAGACAGCGUCCGGGCAGCAGUGCGCAAGAAGGUCGACGUUGGCAAUAUCACGUUUCAUGAGGAGGCUUUCACGUACUAA